GAUGGCAAACAACCCCCUUUCUGUUAAAUGGGCCACCACGAGAUGAGCCCAGAUAAAAUUAGGUGGAGCUACCGGCCCAGAAGCCUGUCCGAAGAGCUUCCGGAUAGUCUGAGCAAAAUCACCGCGAAUCGGCGUCGCAAAUCUCUGCCCCAUUACUUUUCCCCGCUGCAAUUUUCAGUUGCUGCCGCGGGAAACAGCCGGAAGAAAGUUCUUCGGCUGCGAAUUCAUCGCCAAAGCCUCCGUCGGCGCUGCAAGCAAUCAAUUCCAUAUUCCGAAGUCGCAGUGGGAAUGAGUAAGUAUGGUUUAAACCUGCGGGUAUCCAAGUCGCAGCAGAAUAAGAGGCCGCCAAGGCCGCCGCCUCCCAAGGUCCUGGGAUUCGGGGACGAUGAAGGUGAGGAUGUGGAGAAAGAGAUUCUGCGGCAAGCUAGCAAGAACAAGUCUCUCAAAGAUAUUGAGGAGCAACACAAGAAAGCAUUGGAGGAGGAUCCAUCAGCGUUUGACUAUGAUGGAGUUUACGAUGAGAUGAAGCAGGCAGUUGUUCGUCCACGGAUUGAAGAUAAGCAACAGAGAAAGCCCAAGUACAUCGAGGCUCUGAUGCAGAAAGCAAAAGAGAGGGAACGUCAACAGGAGGUGGUGUUCGAGCGAAAGAUUGCCAAAGAAAGAAGCCAAGAUGACCAUCUAUAUGCCGACAAGGACAAAUUCGUUACUAAUGCCUACAAGAGGAAACUCGCAGAGCGUGAGCAGUGGUUGAAAGAAGAAAAACUCCGUGAACUCAAAGAGCAGAAGGACGACGUUACCAAGAAGAGCGAUUUGAGCGACUUUUACUUCAACCUCAGGAAGAACGUUGCCUUUGGUGGUCAAGACGCAGAGAAGAGGCGGCAAGAGAAGCGGGCUACUGAAGCCAAGAAGGGGGAGGAGGAGCAGAAGCAAGAUGUCGAGGAAUCCUCGGCAGCAGGAGGAGGGGGAGGAGGAGAAUCAAAGGCAACCUUACCAUCAUUACCCGAGUCUGAGAAGCCAUUGGAUCCCUCGCCGAACCCUGAUUCUCAAACACAUCUCGAGUCUACAGAUCUCAAGCCGGCAGCUGAUAAGCCAGUCCCUGAUGCUUCUUCCUCAGGACCCGCAGAAGAAGUAACCACGGAAGGGCAGCCACCAGCAGCUAAGCAAGCUACAGCCGACCAUUAUAAGAGAAAGCAAGAUGAGAUCAAUGCAGCGAGAGAACGGUUGUUGGCCAGAAAGAGAGCAAAACUGCAGCAGCAGAUUCUGUAGGAUGGUGGUAAGUACUAAUUAGUCCUGUGCAUGAAGGCCGGUGAACCUUUUCCUGUAUCCAACUUGACCUUUGCUUUGAAAUUGUGGAAAGUGAAUGCUUAACCUAAAAGUCUGUCACUGUGUAAGUGCUUACUGAUUGUUAAAUUAUACGAGGUCUGGCCCUCCUUAAUCCUUAUGUUCGUUUGAGCUGUUUUUAACCACCUAAAGAGUUCACAAGCAUUUUGAUGGGGAACUCGAAAGAAAAACAUGUGGUAUGAACUUACAGUGUGAUGGGCAAUCAACUUGUACUUCUUAUCAUAAGUUUGUCAAAAACUAACUCGUUCCAAUUAUUGCAACAAAUAUGAAUUUCUGUUACAAUAUUCCUUCAAAUGAUAACUCUAGCUAUAUCACUAAGUUUGAGGUUAGCAGGGCUUAAACGAGCAUGAUUAUAAAUUUUGACAAAAAAAUUGUUACAUUUAAAGCAUAAAAUAACACAUAAGACUUACAAUAAUGAUAAGCCCCAAGAUUCCAUUGCAUAUGUAAGGAACCUUAAUUAAUUACUUAUGUCCUAAUCAAUUGCUUGAAGAUAAGGGAAAGGUAGGAGGGUAGUAGUUGGGGAGAAUAUGGCAAUUACAAGUGGAGUUCAUAUUUGAAAAAAGAAGUUUAUAGAAGGUCCAUUUAGGACAAAUGGUAAAAAGGCAUUUGGCCAAAAUUGAUGAUGGUAUUUUGAUUGAGCACUAAACAUUUUUAAAAUCAUGAUUUAGAAACGAAAAAAAAUUAUCAGGAAGGAGAUGGCAAUGAUACCCAAAUCAUGAAUGUACAAAAGUUCAACACAUUGUUAUUUGGAUUAUGUGUUUUCGUGGUGGAUUCUAACAAUCAAAUUCAGAAAGUAAGUUUCUAACUCUGUGAUCAGUCCAAAUUGAUCAUUCUUUCUACACAUUAUGUGGUAUUAUUUAUUCAAUCAUAAUAAUAGGUGAUUCAAGAGACGCCAUCUUAUCAGUAUUUGUUAUAAAUAAUUUUCUGCAUAUUGAUAACAAUAUAUGCACUUAACUAUAAAUUUUCUUUCAAAAAGUAAGUAUCUUUAUCAUUGAUUCUCACUCGUAACAUAUAUAACCACUUAAUAUACAGAGAUAUCCAUGAUUCGCCAAAAAUCAAUCAUUCAAACCAUCCUAAAACUCUUUGCAACCGCACAACCAAUUCGGGUUGGUCCACAAAAAACAAUUACGGAUUAAAGUAUCGUAGAGAUAUGCAAAAGAAAAAGAGCGUUAAGCACAUAAUUACCCUUCUUUGAACGAAGUUGAUCUGAUCGAAAAUGGGGAAAAAGGUCCAUCACCACCACUUAACUUGAAACAACAAGACCUUGGAUUUGCCUAGCUAGGUGGUGGAUGGGGGUGUCUCAUCAAUGGAGAUGAUGUGGCCCUCACAAUCACAAUUCACACUUGAAUUAUGAAAAGGUUGCAAUCUCAUGUUGCUUUCCUUAUUGUUAUGUGACUUUAUUGUUUUUUUCCUCCCCACAACACAUAUAAUGGAGAAGAUGCUAAGAUGGUUACGUUUCAUUAUUUUCUUCCUUCUUUCUUUCUUUCAAGUCGAUGAAGUUGGCUUGAAUUAGCAACAAGUCCUUUUAUAAAUAUUUGCUUGGAAAACACUGCUUGUUUUGCUUUAUUAUUAGUGCACUUUAACCUUAGCUUACUUAACGGUGGGUGGCCAUAGUUUUGUGCUUUGAGCGUGGCAUGCAAAUAUAUAGUUGUAGGUUAUAGAUAAUCGUGUACCAAAAUAUCACUAGGUGAUUUGUUUUUAUGGUGUCGAUCAAUCUGUAUCGGAGUUGAUAUUAGGUUUUCUGUUACGGUGAAGUUGAAUUUAGUUGCAAUUUUGUACGAUUUUCAAAACCAUUUCGAGCAUCUUUUCUCUGUCGCAUAUAGUAUAAGAUAUUGGGGUUCAUCUAUUUGUUAGAGGGAAAAUUGUAAAUAAAUAAAAAGAAUAAAGCAAUUGAUUACUU